AUGUCAAGCAAAGAGGUGAAGACAGCUCUAAAAAGUGCCAGAGAUGCAAUCAGAAAUAAAGAAUAUAAAGAAGCUCUGAAACAUUGUAAGACUGUUUUGAAACAAGAGAAAAAUAACUACAAUGCCUGGGUUUUUAUUGGUGUUGCUGCAGCUGAGCUAGAACAACCUGAUCAGGCCCAGGGUGCCUACAGGAAAGCUGCUGAACUAGAGCCGGACCAGUUAUUGGCAUGGCAGGGAUUAGCAAGUUUAUAUGAGAAAAGUAAUCAUGCAAACGCUAAGGAUGACUUACCUAGUGUCUACCAAAAGCUCCUGGAUCUCUAUGAAAGUGUUGAUAAACAAAAGUGGUGUGAUGUGUGUAAGAAACUCGUGGAUCUGUAUUACCAAGAAAAGAAACAUGUAGAGGUGGCACGAACAUGGCACAAGUUGAUAAAGACCCGCCAGGAAGAGGGUGCAGACAAGGAAGAGCUUCACCAGCUAUGGAAGAAACUGACUCAGUUGUUGGCUGACAGUACUGAGGAUCAGAAUAAUGAAACGCAACAAUUGCUUUUAAAAGCUUUUGAGAAUGCUUUGGAUUUGUCAGAUAAGAUUCCUAGUGAAGAUCACCAAGUACUUUUUAGACAGUUCAUUCAGUGUUUACUCAAGUUUCCUCAUGAGAAGGAAAGAUUGAAGAUGGCCUGUGAAAGAAUGAUAAACAUCUAUCCCACUGAACAGUAUCCAUUAGAAGUAAUUUGUUUGCAUUUAAUUGAAUCAGGAAAUUUUACUGAUGAAGCACAGCAGUAUUGUUGCCGAUUAGUAGAACUGGAUUCACGAAGUGGUCCGGGUCUCAUUGGUUUAGGAAUUCAUGCUUUACAAGAUAAAAAGUAUGAAGAUGCUGUAAAGAACCUAACAGAAGGGUUAAAGGAAAGCCCUCUUUGCACAACUGGAUGGUAUCAUCUGGCAGCAGUGCAAGCCAAGAUGCAUAGAUAUAAGGAAGCUGUUCUUUCAUGCAAUCAAGCUUUGAAGAACCUAGAUAAUCUUGGUGUGUCUGGUGGCAUUCUUCAGAAGAAUCUUUGUCUUCAUUUGAAAGCAGAAGCUUUAAUUAAACUCUCAGAUUCUGAGUCUUCAGAGGAAGCAAUUCAUACACUUGACCAGGUUUCUGAUGCAGAUAAUAUCCCCAGACUUCUGUUUCUCAGAAGCUUGGCCUAUCUGAACAAACAAAUGGUGGAUGAAGCAACAAAGAUUAUGGAAGACCUUCUCUCUUCUUACCCAGACCUAGCUGAAGCUCAUGCCCUCGAGGCUUUGAUUCAUUUUACCAAGAAGGACUAUCAACAAGCAGAAAAAUGUUUUCAGAAAGCUCUUGAGAAAGACACUGAUGUUGCAGAAUACCAUUAUCAACUUGGGUUGACAUAUUGGUUCAUGAGUGAAGAAACAAGGAAAGAUAAAACAAAGGCUUUUACCCACUUUCUGAAGGCUGCAAGAUUGGAUACAUACAUGGGCAAAGUUUUCUGCUACUUAGGUCAUUAUUACAGAGAUGUGGUGGGAGAUAAAAACAGAGCCCGUGGAUGUUACAAGAAAGCUUUUGACUUAGAUGACUCUGAUGCUGAAUCUGGAGCUGCAGCAGUUGACCUAAGUGUAGAACUGGAAGAAAUGGAAACUGCCAUAGCUAUCCUAACUGCAGUAACUCAAAAGGCAAGCGCUGGAACGGCAAAAUGGGCUUGGCUUAGGCGAGGACUGUACUACUUGAAAGCAGGCCAGCAUUCUCAAGCAGUGGCUGAUUUACAGGCAGCAUUAAGAGCAGACCCAAAGGACUUCAAUUGCUGGGAGUCGUUAGGAGAGGCAUACUUAAGCAGAGGUGGUUAUACAACAGCUUUGAAGUCCUUCACCAAAGCCAGCGAACUGAACCCAGAAUCCAUAUACAGUGUGUUCAAGGUUGCAGCAAUACAGCAAAUCCUAGGCAAAUAUAAGGAAGCUAUAGCCCAGUACCAAUUGAUCAUUAAAAAAAAAGAAGAUUAUGUGCCUGCAUUGAAAGGUCUGGGUGAAUGUCAUCUUUUGAAAGCAAAAGCUGCUCUAGUUGAUUAUCUUGAUGGGAAAGCUGUAGACUACAUAGAAAAAGCACUGGAAUAUUUUACGUGGGCGCUGCAGCAUCGAGCUGAUGUGUCUUGCCUUUGGAAGCUAGUUGGGGAUGCUUGCACCAGUCUGCAUUCUGUCUCGCCAUCUAAAGUGAAUGUUAAUGUUUUAGGAGUCCUUCUAGGUCAGAAAGAAGGAAAACAAGUAUUAAGGAAACAUGAGCUCCUUCAUCUUGGAGGAAGGUGUUAUGGUCGUGCUUUAAAACUGAUGUCUACAUCUAAUACGUGGUGUGAUCUUGGAAUUAAUUAUUAUCGCCAAGUACAACAUUUAGCCGAAACAGGGAGGAAUAUGGAUGAUCUCAAGGAGUUGCUGGAGAAAUCUUUACAUUGUCUGAAAAAGGCUGUGAGACUGGACAGUAAUAACCACUUAUACUGGAAUGCACUUGGUGUGGUUGCUUGUUACAGUGGUAUCGGAAACUAUGCCCUUGCUCAGCACUGUUUCAUUAAGUCAAUUCAGUCUGAACAGAUUAAUGCUGUUGCAUGGACCAACUUGGGAGCGUUAUACCUUGCAAAUGAAAAGAUUGAGCAAGCUCAUGAAGCUUUCAAAAUGGCCCAGUCUCUUGAUCCAUCUUAUUUAAUGUGCUGGAUUGGACAAGCUCUUAUUGCGGAGACAGUUGGAAGUUAUGACACAAUGGAUCUCUUUAGGCACACUACAGAACUCAGUAUGCAUACGGAGGGUGCAAUUGGUUAUGCAUAUUGGGUCUGUACAACAUUGCAAGAUAAAAGCAACAGGGAAACAGAGCUGUACCAGUACAACAUUCUCCAGAUGAAUGCUAUUCCAGCAGCACAAGUUGUUUUGAGUAAAUACAUAGAAAGAAUUCAGGAUUACGCUCCUGCUUUCACGAUGCUGGGUUACUUAAAUGAGCAUCUGCACCUCAAACAGGAAGCAGCAGAUGCAUACCAAAGGGCAAUUUUGUUGUUACAGAAUACAGAAGAUCAAGAUACUUACCAUGUUACAGUAAGAAAUUAUGGCAGAUUGCUGUGUUCUAUUGGUGAAUAUGAUAAAGCUAUCCAGGCUUUUAAAUCAACACCUCUUGAAGAAUUGGAAGACAUCACAGGCCUUGCAUUAGCUUUAUUUAUGAAAGGUCUAUAUAAAGAGAGCAGCAAAGCUUAUGAAAAAGCCUUAUCUGUAGUUGAAUCAGAGCAAGACAAAGCUCAUAUCUUGACAGCUCUGGCAAUAACAGAAUAUAAACAAGGAAAAAUGGAUGUAGCCAAGACAUUGCUCUUUAAGUGUUCUAUCUUAAAGGAACCAACGAUAGAAAGCCUUCAAACUCUGUGUGCUCUAGGAUUGGCCAUGCAAGAUGCUACACUGUCCAAAGCAGCACUUAAUGAAUUACUGAAACACGUCAAACAGAAAGACAGUAAUUAUCAGCGGUGCCUUCUUACUUCAGCUAUUUAUGCACUCCAAGGCCACAGUGUGGCAGUACAGAGACAAGCAUCCAAAGCUGUUCACAGUAACCCAGCUGAUCCUGCUCUUUGGUCUUUGUUGUCUCGAGUGGUUGCUCAGCAUGCCCAGAGAAAGGCAGAGGGUGGUGCUAUAGCAGGGAAUGUGGCUUAUAUACUGGACUCAAAUCAUGGAAAGAAGGCAUUACUGUACACUGCAGUAAAUCAGUUGGCUAUGGGAAGCAGUUCAUCUGAAGAGGAAAAAAAUAUUGCCCUAAAGACCAUUCAGAAGGCAGCUUUCCUUUCUCCAGGUGAUCCAGCUGUCUGGGCCGGUCUAAUGGCAGCCUGUCAUGCUGAUGAUAAACUGGCUCUAGUGAACAACACUCAGGCAAAGAGAAGGGAUUUAGACUUUGCACUCUUCUCUGCUAUUUCUGUGUCAAUUAAAGAGAAAGAGUUUCCUGAAAGCUACAACCAGGCUCUUGAAAAAUGGUCCCUCUCCCAAACUGUCACUGGUUUAAUAGAAACUGGAAGAAUAUCUGAAGCUGAAGUCCUCUGUACGAAGAAUUUAAAAAGUAACCCAGAUCAGCCAGCUGUUAUCUUACUUUUGAGACAAGUUCAGUGUAAACCACUCCUGGAUUCACGAAAACCCCUCCCAGAUGCUGUUCUUGAAGAGCUGCAAAAAGCAGUCAUGUCGAACUCAACCUCCGUGCCAGCGUGGCAGUGGUUGGCACAUGUAUAUCACUCCCAAGGAAUGAUGGGUGCUGCAGAGAUGUGUUACAGAAAGAGUCUACAGGUGGCAUCCCAACAGGGCAGUUGGAGUGGGAAGCUCUCAAGUCUCUUGAGACUAGCCCUGCUUGCGUUAGAAGUCUGCAUGGCUAAUAUUUCCAAUGAUCACUGGCCUUCUUUGGUUCAGGAAGCUACAGCUGAGGCCUUGAAGCUUUGCUUCUGUCCGCUAGCUGUUCUUGUUCAAGCUUUGUUACAAUUUAACUGCAAGAUGGGAGCAAGAGAGACACGGCGACUUUUGGAGAGAGUGGUUUAUCAUCAGCCCAGGUACCCCAAGUCUAUUGUAUCCACUGCUCGAUGGUACCUACUCAGACACCUAUAUGCCAAAGAUGACUACGAGCUCAUCGAUGUAUUGGUAAACAAUGCCAAAACUUACGGAGACACAAGAGCAUUGGAACUGAAUCAGAAGUUGUCCUCACAGUAA